AUGCCGCGGGACUACAUGAAUCAUAGCGACAACGUGUUCGUCUUGUGUUGUUCCCGCGACGUGGACCUCAUGGAUGCAGGACUGUUGCGAGUAUUGACUCGUUCUGUCGCCCCCGCUGCAGAGAUAGCCGUUCGCAACAUUAUUUACAAUAUGGGUCUCAAUCCUGACGCAAAUCGUGGCGUUCCCAUGAAGGCCUAUUUUACCAACGGGACAUCGUCGGAAGUUCGUCGAUUCACAGUUGAUGAGGAUGUUUCAACUAAUGUGGAAUAUUUGUUUGAGAAGCUCCGGUCCAUCUUUCCUUCUCUGAGGUUCAAGCCGUUCCGUGUGAGCUGGAAAGGCGACGAUGUUCUGAUUUCGAGCGAUGGAGAGCUCAUGGAAGCGCUGUCGGAGUACGCUCAAACCAGGAACUUCUCUGACUCGAACGUUCCAGCACUGCCGUUUAAAUUAUGCGUUAUGACUGCUGAACGCAGGAACUUCGAGGCUUCAGAUGCUGCAGCCGGCUUAUUCGUCAUACCUGAAAACAUCCUGAAUAUUUCUCUGACCGCAUUUGGAUUGAAGAAAGAUGAACACAAGGGCAAUGCGAAUGAAGACGCGAAGGAAUUCUGUUGCAAACAAUUUAGGUUUGGAAAGCAUCAUCAUCACGGAAAUAAGGGACACAAUCAUUGCGGUAGUCAUCCCAGCAGGCACUCGCGUCACGGCGCAUGCUGUUUGAAACGGCAUUCUUGCCAUCAUCGCGGGAGCACUUCGGAUGCGUAUGAUGAUAGCGAAGAUCAGGCCCACGCGUUUGAUGCUUACGUUGAACAUUGGCAUCGCGCUUGGAGAAGCAUCAUGAACUCUGUCGCUGGUCGACGAGGAGCUUGUUGGCAGGAGACGAUGCAAGAAAUGAUUCCUACCAUGUUGUCUGCUGGAUUCAACUUGAACCAGCUCAUGGAAACCCUUACUGCUAACGGAUGUGGCCUUGCUGAAGCUACCAGCAAAAACGGAGCUGAUGGUGCGAGCGGCGAAACAAAUGUGGGUGGAGGUGCAUCUUCAAGUGCUAGUGAUCCUCAGAAGAGAGAACAGAGAUCCGAAAAUGAGCCACGCUCCCACUCCAGUCAACAAGGCGAUGUUCCACUGUUCAACAACCUGUUCGACUUCAUGAAGAUGUUCAACCUCAAUCCAAAUGAAAACGCUUCAAUGAAGGACGUUAUGGGACUAUUUGGAGAUUUCAUAGGAAACGUUGAAAGAGAGCACGGAUCUCGAGACCAUUGUCAUGGAGGAAAUCCUGCUUUCAUGAGAACUCGUAGAUACGGAAAUAAGGGUGCCAGUGGAGGAUCGGAAAACCCGCAGGUACCGACGAAAAAUGCGAAGACAACCGAUGCUGCUUCUUCUGAAGGAAAUCACGAAGCUCCAUAUCCAAAAACUAGUGGCGUUGUGGUUGAUGUCGAUAUUGACGACGGCGUUUCUAACAAUUCUGGAAAUGCGUCUGGAGAAAAGUCAGCUGAACAAUCUCCGGGGGCAGUUGCUGCUGAGUGGACUAUG